AUGGCUGACUCCGAGUACACUGAUGAUGAGAUGGACUAUGAGAGUCCAUCCUCGCAAGCCGUUGUCGUCGACGCGUUCCUGGCGCCAUUUCGCGCGCUGUUCUCCAGGACCGCCCUCCGCAUUUACCUCAACAUUGUGUUGUUCAUCGGUGCCACGCUUUUUCUGUUAGGUGUUUCAGGACUCGCAUAUGCAAUCUUCUACUUCAGAUUCAUUCCCACGGUCGGGAUCGACCAACAAGUCCAUCUACAAUUCGGUGACGGCCACCCGUGGGGAACUGUUUCCCUUGACCCCGAUUUUGUCCAUUCGCAACCCUACGAUGUCGCCGUCGUGCUCGAACUCCCUCCCACUCCCUCCAACCUCGAUGUGGGCAACUUCAUGGUCGACCUCACUCUCCUCGCUCCCCCAUCCGGCACUGGCCUAGCUGCCGUAUCAAAUAAACCGAAUCCAAUUCAUCACUCUCGUCGACCGGCUAUCCUGACCUACACCUCUCCUCUCGUGGAUGUUGCGCGGCGGGUGCUGCGCCUACCCUUGUACAUGGUGGGCUGGCGACGUGAAGCCCAAACGUUGGAGGUACCGAUGAUGGAGAAGAUUGAAUUUGCGCGAGGGGCGCGCAAUCUACCGGAAGGCCUUCGGCUCGAACUCCACAGCGAUGGGAAGAUGCAGGUCUAUUCUGUGCAAGUCGAGUUCCGAGCUCGAUUUACCGGCAUGCGGUGGUUCAUGUACCGCUGGAAGAUUACCUCUUUCGUAAUAUUCAGUUCCAUGUUUUGGACCAUUUCGAUGAGCUCAGCCAGUUUGACUUGGUUCAUAGUGAGUUCGAUCUGGCAGUCAGGCACGCCAAAAGAAGAAGUCAAGGGGGAUGAAGAUGAUGAGUUGAAGGGAGACACAGAAACAGAAGAUGGCAGCUCUUCGAGUGAAGUUGUCAAGGUGAAAGAUGAAGAAGUGGACAGAGUGACGUUCCACACGGUUUCCACUCUUCCCGAUAAAAAGCGCCGCGCGGGGGGAAAUCUCCGAUUUCUCCCUUCCCCUCUCCAUCCCCUCAUUACAAUCAACAUGCACAUCCUGGUCACUAACGAUGAUGGUCCGCCGUCGAAUCAGUCGUCACCGUACGUGCAUUCGCUCGUGCACUCGCUCCAGGCCGCGGGGCACAUUGUCUCAGUCGUUCUUCCUCACCAACAGCGAUCAUGGAUUGGUAAGGCACACAUCGUGGGUGCGUCAGUAAAACCGACAUACUUCCGCCCAGGUACUUUACAUCAAGAGGAUGGCACAGUUCAUCACCUCCCGCGGGGGAGCAAUGGUGAGCCAGAUAACGGCGGCGAUGAAUGGAUCCUGAUUGAUUCGACGCCCGCAAGUUGCGUUCAAGUUGGUCUGUACCAUUACUUUGAAGACCGUGGGCCCAUUGACAUGGUUGUAUCUGGGCCCAACUAUGGCCGCAACACCACCGCACUGUUCGCCAUGUCAAGCGGAACCAUUGGUGCCGCGAUGGAAGGUGCUGUGUGUGGAAAGCGCUCUAUCGCGUUGUCGUAUGCCUUCAGCUCUCGCAACCAUGACCCAAUUAUCAUUGCCGAGGCAUCGAAUCACUCUGUGAAGCUGAUCGAGUAUCUCUACGCCAACUGGGGCGACAAGGUUGAUUUGUACAGCGUCAAUGUCCCGUUAGAGCCUGGUGUAAGCCAGAAUAAAGUCCUCUACACAAAGAUGCUACAGAAUAAAUGGUCCACGGGUAGUUGCUUCGAAGCUACCGACCCUGGUGCCUCGGAAGAUCCUGAGCUGCAGGAACAACGAUUACGCAUUGAAAGCGAGAUGAUGGCUGGCAAGGGAGCUGUUUCGGCCCAGAAGGACGAUAGCACGGCUAAGCUGAAGCACAAGCAUUUCAAGUGGGCCCCUAACCUUGGAGAUGUUUACCGGAGUGUUGAGGAGAAUGCCCCUGGAAAUGAUGGAUGGACCGUUAAGGAGCAGAUGACCAGUGUUACGCCUCUUCAAGCGAGUUUCAUGCAUGCACCCAACAUCGAGGGCGAGAUUAAGCUAUCGGAUGGCCAACCAACAGUGUAUUCCAUCGUCGACUGUGACGACCCCUAUGUGCAGGCCCUCGUCGACCAAGCAUUGACCCGCCGACUUGGAGACAAGGCUCGCUCUCAACGAAUUUCCGAUAUAUCCCAACUGCCCGAUUCUUCUGCGCCUGUGUUCCAAUACCGUGAGUAUGAACGCUUGGACUUCGAACAUGUCAUGUGCCGACCAUCGACCUCCCUUUCCAACGCAUAUAUCAUUCGAAAGGCCUUGAUCCGCAAACAUUACCUAUCCAACACGGUGGCGAACUGGAUCUCCAAAAACCCGGACAGUAUUCUGCGACACCAUUUUAAACCGGCAUUUGACUUUGAACUGGACUAUGCUGAGUUCCUCGACGAUGCUUUAUUGGAGGCAUAUGAGCUACGUGAAAGCAUGGAGAAGAACGAAGAGCGGCCCGAGUCCGAAAAAGAGUGGUGGAUUCUUAAACCCGGCAUGAGUGACCGAGGACAAGGUAUCCGGCUCUUCAAUAGCGAGGAUCAAUUACGCGAAAUCUUCGAGGAGUGGGAAGAAGACUCCGACGACGACGAAGAGAGUGGAUCUGAGACAAAUGAAGCACCAGUAGAUACAACCGAGGCACAUGAUGCCGGCAUUGUCACUUCCCAGUUGCGUCAUUUCAUGGCACAGCCCUAUAUUGAUCCCCCGCUGCUUCUCCCUUCGUCGUCCAACCGCAAAUUCCAUAUCCGAACCUACGUUCUCGCAAAAGGCUCGCUGCAAGUUUAUGUUUUCAAAGAAAUGCUUGCUCUCUUCGCCGCGAAGUCUUAUUGCCCUCCUCAUGAGGAGGACGAUGAGAUCAAAGAUCUGGCUCGCCAUCUGACAAACACAUGCUUCCAGGAGGGCGGUAGCUCAAAUGAAGGCAGUGUGCGCCGCUUCUGGGACCUGGAUCAUCAUGUCCCAGGUCUGUCAGCCGACUGGAAGGAGAAGAUCUUCGAGCAGAUCUGUGCUGUGACAGGCGAGGUCUUCGAGGCCGCAGCUCGAGGCAUGAUGGUGCAUUUCCAGACUUUGCCAAACGCCUUUGAGUUGUUUGGUGUUGACUUCCUUGUCGAUGCCUCCGGAGAUGUCUGGUUACUGGAACUGAAUGCCUUCCCAGACUUUGCCCAGACUGGAGAAGACCUCAAGGAGAUAAUUGUUGGGAAAUUAUUCGAGGAGACAAUUGAUGUUGCUGUCAAGCCAUUUUUCGGACUCGGAUCGAAUAAUGGUAAGGGUGAUAUGAAGCUUGUUAAAGACCUGGAUUUGGGGAGAAAAAAUUAA